GUUAACUUUGGAGAGGUUGGCAGCUCAAAUGCGGGAACUCCAAGCUCAGGUGCAGGGUAAGAGACCUGUAGUCUCGCGAGGACACCCCUUUGCAGAGGAUGUCUUAGGAAGAGACUUGCCUAGCAACUUCAGGGAGUUGAGUUUGUCAUAUGACGGAUCGGCGGACCCAGCUAGGCACUUGAGAUCGUUUGACAACAUAGUCGUGCUGCACAGGUAUAGUGAUGCCGUGAGCUGUCGGGCCUUUUUGACAACUUUGAAGGGGUCGGCACAAGAUUGGUUCCACCAGUUGCCGGCGGGAUCUAUCGAUUGCUUUGAAAAGUUCAGCUCUUUGUUUCUAAAUCAGUUUGCGAGUGCCAGGAAACAUGAGAAGACGUACCUCUCGUUGAUCAAUAUGCAGCAGAAGGAAGGGGAGACCUUGCGACAGUAUGUAGCGCGGUACACUAAGGAGUGCGUGGAGGUCCCCUCGGCCUCAGAAGAGAUAAAAGCUGGGGGCCUUACGCGGGGAUUGAGGCCUGGGAAGUGUAGAGAUUCCUUGGCGAAGAGGCCGUCGAGAUCCUUUGAUGAGCUACUGGAGAGGUGCAACAAGUUUGUGAAUAUGGAGGAAUCAGAGGCGGAUUUCCUUCGAAGUGACAAGACAAAGAUUAAGCAGGUAGAGGAGAAGCCUCGACAGGGUGAUCGACGAACCGCCCCCAAGGAGUCCAGGGUUGAGCAUCGGUUCAGGGGUCCGAGAUACGAGCAUUAUAGACAACUUAAUGCGCCGAAACAGGAGAUCUUGGAGACGAUGGAAAAGCGGGGGGAGGAGAAGCUGCUCGCACAACCAAAACCUUUGCCCCCACCGCGGAAGUUUUCGGCAUCGAAGGACAGGUAUUGUCGGUACCACCGUGAUUUCGUGCUUACAGCAGAUGGAGUUAGAUGUGAAGGUCGAGCCGAUCCACACUGCCCUCUACGGCUCAGCGGUAGUGAGGUCCGCCCCGUGGGUGAAGUUAGUUUGACUGUGGCAUUGGGGAGGUCGCCCUUGAGAAUGGUAAAGAUGGUCCGCUUCUUGGUCGUGGAUGCUAGUUCGGCUUACAACAUCAUACUGGGGCGGCCUAGCCUGAAUUCAUUCCAAGCAGCUGUUUCAACUUAUUGCAUGAAGAUCAAGUUCCCCGUGGGGGAUGAGGUUGGUGAAGUGACUGGAGACCAAUUGCAGUCUCGGCGGUGCUAUGAGGUCACAUUGAAGACGGCUGAGGCACAGCAUAAGAGGAAGAAUGACAACCUGCCGGAGUGCUCCCGUCGGGAGAAGAAGCAAGAGUUGGGAAUUAGCUCCCAGGACGAACUGAUGGAAGUCGAACUGAUAGAAGGUAAUCCGGAAAAGACAACAAAGGUAGGACGUCACUUGGCGGUGGAUCUGCAAGGCGCGUUGAUUGCGCUAUUGAAGGAGUUUGUGGAUGUUUUCGCCUUUUCAGCUGACGACCUCACAGGGAUCGACCCCGGGGUGGCGGAGCAUAGGUUGAACAUUGACCCAACUGUGAGACCGGUAAAACAGAAGAGGAGGCACUUUGGUGCUGAGUUAGACGUGGUCAUUGAGGCAGAAGUGGAGAAGUUGUUGAAGGCGGGGCAUGUACAACCUAUUCAGUUCCCGGAGUGGUUGUCCAACUCAGUUAUGGUGCGUAAGGGGGAAGGAAAGUGGAGGAUGUGUAUCGACUUCAGGGAUCUCAACAAAGCUUGCCCAAAAGAUCACUACCCCCUACCACGUAUUGACCAGCUCGUCGACUCUACGGCUGGGUGCGAGUUGUUGAGCAUGAUGGAUGCCUCCCAGGGGUACCACCAGAUCCCCCUGGCCGUGGAGGACCAAAAGAGGGUUAGCUUUGUGACAUCCAAGGGCACCUACUGCUACGUUGUCAUGCCUUUUGGAUUGAAAAAUGCGGGAGCUACUUAUCAGCGGUUGGUGGAUAGGAUGUUCAAAGGGCAAAUAGGGCGGAACAUGGAGGUCUAUGUCGAUGACAUGCUAGUGAAGAGCAAGAAGGCGGAUGAUCAUGUGGUGGAUUUGCGUGAGACGUUGAACACUUUGCGACUAUAUGGCAUGAAGCUCAACCCGACCAAGUGUAAGUUCGGGGUGCGCUCGGGAAAAUUCUUGGGGUAUCUGGUGACGGAAAGGGGCAUUGAAGUCAACCCGGAGAAGGUGCGAGCCGUCAUCGAAAUGCAGCCACCAAGGAAUUUAAGAGAGGUGCAGAUUUUGACCGGGCGCCUAGCGGGGUUGAGCAGGUUCAUCGCUCAAUCCGCCGAAAAGAGUUUUCCAUUUUUUAAGGAAUUAAAGAAGGGUUCGCGAUUCGAGUGGACGUCUCAGGCGCAACAUGCAUUCGAGAGGUUGAAAGAAUUCUUGGCCGAGCUCCCCCUACUUACAAAGCCGGAGCCUGGCGACACUCUAGUUGUAUACUUAUCAGUGGGUCACGAGGCUAUCAGUUCUGUAUUGAUAAAGGAGGAACAUGGGCAGCAGAAACCAAUAUAUUACGCAAGUCGGAUAUUGCAAGGGGCCGAGCGCCGAUACUCAGAUGUGGAGAAGGCCGCCUUGACACUCAUCUCCACUGCUCGAAAGUUGCGCCCCUACUUCCUAGUGCAUAAAGUCAUGGUGCGAACGAACUACCCACUCAAGGACACUAUGGGUCGUCCUUCGGCCUCGGGAAGGAUGGUGAAGUGGGCAGUGGAGUUAGGCGAAUACAAUGUCGACUUCGAGGUCCGAAAAGCUAUCAAGGCGCAGGCGUUAGCCGAUUUCAUACAAGAAUGCACACUGGGAGAUGAGAAGGGACCAUGGAUGGUGUAUGUCGACGGCUCGUCGGCCAUAGGAGGAGCGG